AUGCCUGAAUGGGGCCAGUUCCCGCAAGAACUUAUCGACGCAAUCGUUGACGAGGUGCAUCAUCCCUGUGAUCUCAAAUCGUGCUCGCUCGUCAGUCGCGCCUUCUCUUCACGGACACGCGUUCUCCUCUUUCGCCAUGUCAACCUGAGAUAUACGAGGAGUGGUGGAAAAUCAGUUUUUACAAAUUUCCACGACCUUUGUGUCUCGUCACCACACUUCUCGGCCAGCAUCAAGAUCUUAGGUAUCUCCGAGUAUCAUCUAAGGACUCCACCGUCGGCCAGUGGUAUCCUUGACCUCAUAAUCCAGUCUUUACCAAAUCUGAUCGUCAUUAAGCUGUUUGACGUCCGCAUCGGUUAUUUUCUUAAUGGUUCACUUGCGUGUCUUUCUUCACAUCCAUUCCUUGGAAUCCACCUCGACAAGGUUACCUUUGACAAUAUAGAUCAGUUCUACGAUCUUAUCUCUGGGUCACCGAGACUCAAAAGCCUGACCUUGUCCGGGGCUGUUUCAGUUUCCAACCCUGAAAGCCGACGCUCGACGGUAUACCGUGCUCUACCUCAAGUCGAGCAUUUGGUUCUCAAGUUUAAUCAUGACCCGGCCCAUCGAGUGGGUGCUCUGAUACUCGAAAGCAUAUUUCGACAAGGAGGCUGUCCAUUCUCUGUAGAACGAGUGCGACGUCUCACCAUCGAAGUUAAUAACCUUCAUAAGGUUCAGUUUGAUCGCGCUAAUGCGAUUCUUGCUGCUACAUCACAGACUCUUCAGGAGCUGACUGUAGUUCUUCAUCCGUUUACCCGGUCUUGCUCAUCACCCUGUCAUAUCCUUUGCUUUGCGUCAAUACGAAAAGUGUGCUUCUCGUUUAUGCAUGCGAUAGUCGAGCCCCUUUGGUGGUUCAUUCGCAAUCUUAUUCACGUUCGAGACAAAGUCGGACGCUCCACUGUCGAAGAGUUGACUUUACAAAUAACAUCAGUAGAUGCGAUUACACCCGCCAAGGAAUGGACAGAGCUGGAUGAAAUACUAUCCAGUACUCCAUUUUCCGAUACAUUCCAGUCUCUCCACAUCACAAAUAUACUCAUACUCAAACCACGUCCUGAGUUGCAGCUUACAUCCAAAACACAGAGGGCACAGUUUGAGCCUUUCUUUCCAUUAUUGACUCAGAGAGGAAAGGUCAGCUUCAGCUUGAUGAUUGAAUGUGACGAGCGGGAUCAGUACUUCACGAGCGGUGAGGAUUAG